AUGGAAAAUACUAGCGGUCACUAUAAUAAAAAGGAAAAUGAAUUAAGUAAAUGUGAAGAUCAUUCAAUUGGUAAUGAUUGUGCUGUACGAGAAGCAAGUGAUGUGAUAUUAUUGGUGUCGGAUGGUUCAAAAAUUGGCAAAUACAAUCUGACAUUAUGGUAUUUGAAGCAUAUUAACAGCACAGUUGCAAUCGAACCAUCAAACAAAGAUGAGAAGGAAAUAAAGAUUGUGAAAAUCAGCGCCCAAGAUGGUGGUGAAGUGCGCGAUGAUGAGCAGUUAUUGGUAACAAGUAAUACACUGAUAUCAUAUGUUGUCCGAAGUUAUUCUUUUGUUUUCGUCAUUGAUAUCAGUCCUUCUACUUUCGUUGUGGAUGGAACAGCAAGUUAUAUGCCGCAUUCAAAAAUUAUCAAUCGAUUACGACAGUGCCUAAAAGGACUUCUUGCGGAAGGAAAUUUUCUACCAGCGAACAAAUUUUCGCCCGAAAUAUACAUUACGAUUUGUUUCUACAGUCCAUUUAUUGCUUUUGAUGAGGAUAGAGUUAUUCUGCAAGGUUGUUUACUUACGAAGAAGAAUAUCGAUUCUAUUCUACAUUAUGUCCAAGAACGAUUUGCAUUGUUUUCUAAUAGACUAUGUUGGACGAUGCAGCCACAUUUGAGGAAGUGGAAUCAAGAGCGAAAGAAGUUGCGGCAGACAGUUGGAGAUCUUCUGCCGGAAAAUUUUUUUCGGCAACAGUCUCACGCAACGGAUGGAUUCAAGGAUUCAGUGCUGACUGCACAGAUGACUUUUCGAGCUGGCCCUGCUGAUGAAGGAUUCAUUAAUUCUGAAUGGUCAUUAAUGUUCAUGUUACGAGUUGGUCUCAUCAGUUUCCAGUUACUACCAGACACUUCUCAGCCCAACAUAGUAUUGAUUACGGAUGCAGUGUGUAAUGUGACGGAUAUACAUGCUUUACAAAAACUAAUGAUCCAACUACGAAAUUGCUCUAUCGCUUGUUCAUUUAUACAGAUUCAAGAAGAUAACAAUACAGAUACUGUAUUUGGACAUUUUUCAUCACCCGAAUUUUUUACUUUUCUUGCGAGAGGAACAUCAGGUGUCUACAUACCAGACGAAUAUCAAGUCACCACGGAUAGUGCUUGUGAUCUGAUUGAAAAUCGACCAUUUUUAUGCAAAAAUCUUCAGCUCUUGGAUACAGCAAAUGAUUAUAUUAAGAAUUUAAUUCAUCACAUUAAUCCUGAGUUCGUUGAACCGUACACAUGUGGUGUUGUUCGCCGAGUGCAUUACAGUAUGGAAUAUGAAUCAUGUUUGGAGUAUUUCUUACGUUUGCGGCUUUAUGAGGGUUUUAUAUUGCGUGAUUUGAAAAUAUUAAAAAAAGAAGAACGAUCGAUAUUAGUGGAACUUAGUUUAUUUUGGAAGCCACAAGUGACAAUUAGCUACAAAAUUUGUGCUGUCUACGGUGAACAUACAAAAAGGGCAAAGUUAAAAAUAACGGUGAUAUGUGAAGCACAAUACGGCAUGAUACGAGAUUUGUUGUCCGAUCGUUGUUGUAUAAAUACAACAAAGCAAACUUUUUCUGAUGCAUAUCGAAAUACAAUUUUCGAAUUGCUUGAAAGGGAUCGUAUGUUACUUCACGUUCAUUCAUUCAACUCCUUGCCAGAUCUUUUUCAUCUUCCGCCCGAAGUUUUAAAAGAAAAGUCUCUCUUCCGCUAUGUUAUGAAGGAAAACAAAGCCGUAUUGACAGUAAGUACCAGAGAAUUGGAAACUUUAUGUUUGCAAAAUGUCGCCGCAGCAAAUUUUGUCGAAUUUUGGCGGAUUAUAAGUGAAUUUGAAGAGAGACAUUGGCAAAGUUGGUCACAAAUAUACACUUUUCGUAUAAUUCUUACGCAUGAUCAUCCGUUACCUCCACGAUUAUUCCUUUUCGAAGAGCCGAGUAUAAAAGUUACAUCGCAGCUUGCAUUAACUGUAUUUUAUGAUGUGCUCGCGCAAAUGGCUACAUUUUCACUUGUUCAUGGACAAACUUAUGUAAAAUUUGUUGAAGGUGAUGAUGGUGGCGAUACUCCGAAAUCAUUUUAUAUUGUAAAACUAAGUUUGGAGACUCAGUUAGCCAUAAUUAAAAUAGUAUUCCUUGAUGGCAUCACGACUGCGUUUAGAGACCAGGUGAUCAGAGAAUUCCGAGAAAAAUUCAGUUCAUUAUCUAUUGAACAGAGUUGCUUUUUUACUAAAAUGCUUGAGUUUGCUGAUGUUGGAGACGACUGUGUCACAGUUGCUGAAACAAUGCGAUUGCCGGCACUGACUGUUAUUAAUCGUCCAUUGGAAAUUAUGCUUGCACGCUAUAAGAAAAUUCCACUUGCAUUAAAUCGAAUUAUACGAUUGGAAAAAACCGAUGGAACAAAUCGUAACUUGAUACUGCACAAUUCACUUGCCAAAUAUUUUUGUUGCAGACGUUAUAUUUGGUAUUUGAAGAAAGCAUUUCCGUUAUCGUCAGCUGUGAGUUGCACUUAUGCAGAUUAUAUUCUUCAUACUAUUCUGCAGAGACGUCUGAAUGAAGGAUUUCAUAUAGUAUAUGGCGAUAAUGGGAUAGUUAAUCUUGUCAAACAUAUCGAUAGUAUGGAACAACAGCUGCACUGUGGGCCAGCUUUGCUUCAAUAUAUCAUCUUUCCACCAACAGCUAUUCGACCAAUGCGGAUUAUGAAAGAACAUUUAGAAAAAGAGCCACCUUUAUCAAAAAUCAGAUUACGUGGAGCUGAAGCAAAGAAAUCAGUUCUAAGUGAGAAUUCCACAUUGAAAGGUGAUCUGGAUUUACAGUUAAUGACGGAAAUGUGGUCAGAAUCACUUAGCGUCAUUGAUCCGCAGUAUGUUACAUGGAAUGGAACUAUUCAGCAACAAGCAGAGCUAAUGCUUUUAUCACGAUACUGCCAGAUCUAUCCUUUGGCUGACAUCGGCUUAUUUGAUUGA